AUGCAAGCACCUUCAGAAAAAAAGACAGGAAAUAGAUAUGUUGCUAAGUGCAAAUAUUGCUUACUUGAGCAAGAGGGCAAGCUUGAAAGGCUUCACCAACAUGUUCUUAGAUGCAAUAGUUGGCCAGUUUCUGAGAAAACUAGCUAUCUUCAAAAAGCUACUGAAAAAACUACUCUUGCUCACAAGCGAAAUAAAUCUAGUCAAGAAGAGUUAAUCGAAACCACAUCUGAAUUAGCUGAGCCGUCUGUAAGACAAAAAAGUAUUUUAAAUUGGUGUACUAAAUCUAUCUCUUCUGUACAAUCUGAAAAACUCUAUUCAAAAUUAUUAAAUGCUAUUAUAUAUGGUAAUCUUUCUUUUAACUUUGUUGAAAAUCUAUAUAUCCAAGAUUUUCUUCAAGAAUUGGCUCCCAGUUAUCAACUACCUUCUAUCGAUAUGCUGCGAGGACGUAUUUUGACAAGAUCAUUUUCUAACUAUGUUCAAAAAAAGUUGACUACUAUGUCAACUUUUACUGACGCUACUAUUUGUCUAGAUGGUUGGACCGAUAUAUCUGAAAACUCUAUCUAUAGAUUUAUGGUUCUUAAAGAACAUGAGGAACAUGUUAUUGAUAUUGUUGACCUAUCUGCAAACCGUCAUAGAGCAUCUUUUAUUAAAAACAAAUUUCAAGAAAUUUUUGUUAGUAAUGGGUUUCAAAUAUCAUCUGCAAUCGCUUGUGUUACUGACAAUCCUUCUGUAAUGGAGUUAAUGAAAAAUCUUCUAAAGAGUGAGCAUCCGAAUAUCAUUCCUAUUAGAUGUUGCUUAUAUGCAUUCAAUCUUAUUGUAAAAAAUAUCGUUGGCUUUGCUAGUAUUGUUUCUACUUGUAAUAAUAAUCAAAACUUCAGAUAUCAUUAUGCCACUAAUGACAUAUUGAUAAAAAUUAUUAAACCAGUAGUUGAUGCAAUUGGAAGGCUUGAAUCAAGAGACACCACUUUGGCUGAUGUUUUUAAAGAAUUAAUCUACAUCCAUCUUGAAAUAUCCAAACUCGAAGAAGACUCCAUUUCUGGCUUCAAGGCUCAUGCACUGACUGUUAUCAGCCGAAGAGCAAGAGAAUUUUCUAAUGAUAUUUAUUUCAUCGCCUUGUUUCUUUCUCCAGUUUACAAGAGUAUGGCUAUUUCCAAGCAUAUGAAUGGUGAUCGUCUUCUACGCGGAUGCUUAGAAUUGGCCAGGGUCUGGAUGUUUGAUAAAAGAGAUGCUAGUCUGCUUUUUAAAGAGCUGAUUAAUUACAAAGACAAUAAUCCUCCUUUCGAUCGUAUUAGCCCUAAUAUUCAACAGUCACCUAGAUCUUUUUGGACAAGAAAUCGCCUUUCUCCUGACACUCUUUCCAAACUUGUCCAGAUUAAAAAUGAACUUCAGCAAAUCGUCUCCAAAAAAAAGCAAAAAGACAAACAAAAAACAAUUUCCAUACCUGAGCCCUCCGAAGAAAAUGUCAGCUUAUUUUUUAAAGAAACAGAUGAUGAAUUAGAAGGGCCAGAUGAAUUAAAUGAACAAAUUGAAAUAGUUAAUGUUGAAGAAGAAGCUUCUAUUAUGGAAGAGUUUUUUGAUUUUGAGAUGUUUCAAAAAGAUCAAAAAGAAUUUUCUCUUAUCGAAGAAGUUCAUGAUCCUGCAACAAAUAUUGUAAGAGAGGAAUGGUCUAUUGAAGAUAUUUUACAAAAUCAAUAA